AUGCAAGCACUAACAAGGACGCCCACUAAGCAGAUCAAUAAUAACGAUGCGGCCUUUGGGCUUGCACACCAUACACGCACGGCCAGGUUAACACCAAGGGCUCAGGUGGUUGAGGAAGCGCUGGCCGCUCCUCCACUUCGACUGGGUUCAAAAUCCGGGUACAGAUUUCCGGCACGCAGUGUUGAGUCACCCUCAAAACCCUCCCGGGCACACCGCAGAAGGCCCGUUUCAAUCGCAUUUGCCGACGGUAGCUACCAAAUGCCUGUGCUUACUAAAGAUGUGCCAGAGCUGAACUCUGACGAAGACACAUUAAGCGAUGACAGCUGCGCGAGUGGAAACAGUAUUAUCAGUCCCUCUACAUCACUUUCAGUUACACCGCCCGAAGCGUGCGCGUUCGAAAACCAAGACUCUAAUAGCCCCCCUUCGUUGAAGGACUUUUUAUUGUCAUCGGCCUUAAUGCAUUCAAGCCUUCUCAAUGAUGGCGCUCUUCAUGAUGGUCCAGAAGGACAUUCUGAGGCAAACACAACUGACAUUUUGCCGCUGUUUCGCACGCAUUCAAGAAAACAGAUGCCAAUAGUCCCUAAGCCUCUCCCACACCGCCAUCGUAGGGAGCGGGUGCUCAAAUCAAUACUGAAGAAGCCAUCUAGCCCUGACUUUUUGAACUUUGUUGUAACCGCCACCAAUGGCUCUUUGGUUGAUGCAACGAUAUUUGCCACGGAAAUCAAUUCCUGUUCUAACAAAGUGCCACUUCCAACUACUGUCUGGGAGAAGGUUACGAUCCCCGUAAACGUUGAGAUCAGAGACAAGUUCAAAAAGAGUCGGGCACAGCUGAUAGGAGGAUAUUACGACGACUGCGGCACCACAGAGGAUGACCAGCCCCAGGAAGGCCCUAGCGAUAUCAAAGACGCUGCCGUGAUCCGCGGAUACGAAUGCAGUUUUACUGGCACAAAAGCUGAUGAUGGUAAUGAGAAAGGGUUAAGCAUGGAGACAGGGAAGUCUUUGAGAUGGGCUCAUAAGGCUUAA